UUGGUCAAUCUUUCUGUUGUAUUCUUUCAAAGUUACAGACCAUCAAAAAGAUGAAAACCGGUACGAGCCACCUUAAUGUAAAUGGAAGUGAAUCUUUUGCAACAGAUGCUGAAUAAAUUUAGAAAUUUAUUUAAGCUGUUGGGGUGUUAAAAAAUUCUCUUGCGUCCUCUUGCGUCCACGUCGAAAAGUGUGUAUACCGAGCAUUACAAGACAAAAGGAAGAGCGAGGUAAGCGAAUUAUUUAGAAAAAUAGAGAUGGCAAAAUUUAUGGCCCGUGCAAAACUUGUGCCACGAACCUUUGUCAAUAGCCGACAUACCUUAGCAAAAAGACCUUCAACGCACCCCAACAAAGGUACUUGAUCAUUAAAGGUGGUGUUGAGGGGGUGGCGGUAGCGAAAAAUCUACAACGAAACUGGUGCUUCUUGGAAUCCGCUCAAGAUUACACAGGGAAACGUUUCAAAUUGAGGUCAUUGGCCGAAGUGAAGACAGAAGAAGGCGUGAGCUUGAUCCGCUGCUGUUGAACCAAGUUCUGUUUGGGGAACUAACCAAGACAGACUCUGCGAGGAAUUUUUACCAACUAAGCUGUUUUUAUAUAAGGGUGAGCUUAGCCAAGAUUGAAUUCGUAGUCAGUUUUAGGCGAAUUUGUGUGUGUACUGUGGUAUGUUCCACGUCCUUCUACUAAGUGACAGCUUUCAAUGUAGCGUUUUUCCUUUUUGACAGGGUAAUUUUGCUGACGAUAUACUGAGCACCGAGUUGUUGAUUCAGACGGAAAAGUUAAAUAUAUCGUGUUUACAUCAUGUCUGCGUGAAACAUAUGGGAGCAGCCUGAUGAAACAUAAAGUGACAUUUCAGGGGUCUGUUCUAAGAUUGGAGCUACAUCUGUAAAGUGCGUUUAGUGCCCUAUUUUGACUGUUUGGUCACCUUUAAUGCAGCUGCUCGAGAAGAAAAGUUCUUUCUCUUAUAGCUAUUGACUUCGUUGAACCGUAAUACCGGCAACCUAGGAAAAGAUCCAGUUCGUGACAAAAGGGGUGAGGGAGAGUAUUCUCAAAGUAUUUCUUUUUCCUUUUUGUUAUUUUUCACCCACAUUAUAUUUUAUUGGGUUAGUAUAUGAAAAAGAAAGAGAUAAACCAUUUUUUUAAACGAAUAUAAGAUUUAAAAUUCUUUUCAGCAGCAAAAAUGAUUGUAUGGCAAGUGUUCAGGUUUGGUAGUCUUGAGUUAUAUGUGUGAAUAUCAAGUCUUUUACAAUAUAAGCAAAACAUUGUUAGUGGAUCGAGGCACUUCAAAAGUAUAUUUGGAUUGCAGGAGUGGGAUUUACAGAAUGGAGAACAGUCCUAUAUGUCUAUUUCUAUUCGUGCUUCAACUGUUUUCUGCAAGAGACGUUGUUGGCCGACAAAUCCUUGACCGAAGAUCUGCGAAACGCCGGGCAAAGGUCUUGAUUCUCGGAGCUGGUGUUGCAGGAAUUGUUGCAGCAAAAACUCUGCAAGAAAAGGGCAUGAAUGACUUCUUGAUACUGGAAGCCCAAGAUUACAUUGGAGGACGUUUCAAACAGAAGUCAUUCUCAGGAGUAAAGCUUGAAGAAGGAGCGAACUGGAUCCAUUUUGCUGAUGAUGAUGAUAAUCCUCUAUGGAAUCUCAAAGAAAAACACAACCUGAGAGGGAUUUAUACUAACUACACUGAUGUAAUAAUGAGGGACGAACGAGGGCGAGACAUCACAGACCGCUACUUACUACAGCUGUUCGCUGAGGCCGAAGAGAAGCUCAUAAAAUUAUCAGAGAGAAAAUCUAACCAUCAGCGGCCAGAUAUGUCCGUGAGGGCCGCGCUAUCGAGUGUUGGGUGGAGACCUGACACCCCAUCUAAGAGGGUUAGUGAAUACUCCGUCCUGGACUUCGAGUUCGCUGAAAAACCAAAAAUGGAAUCGUUGACGGGCUUUGGAUCUCGUUCAGUCGACUUCUUUGUCGCUGAUCCACGGGGAUAUGGAAGUAUUUUCCUAAAGAUGGCCGAUAGUUUUAAAGACAAAAUCCUUUUCAAUAAGAUAGUGAAAUCUGUUUCUUACACCCGUUACGGUGUUAGAGUUAGCACCGUGGAUGGAGAGACAUAUAUUGGAAACUAUGGACUCUGCACGUUCAGCACAGGCGUGUUGUCAAGUGAUUCUGUGGGCUUCUCACCAAAACUUCCUCAGUGGAAAAUUCAGGCCAUUAACAAGAUUCCAUUGGCGCACUACACUAAAAUUUUCAUCAAGUUCCCUUACAAGUUCUGGGACAGCCAUGAAUUUAUCCUCUACGCUCACCGUGUUAGGGGGUAUUACCCAAUUUGGAUGGACAUCGAGGCACGCGACAUCUUACCCGACUCAGCCAUCCUGCACGUAACCGUCACGGGUGAGAUUAGCCUCAAAGUGGAGGGUCAGUCGGAAUCAGAAACGCUGAGAGAAAUCAUGACAGAGCUGAAGAAGGUUUAUGGCGCCAAAAUUCCAGAGGCUGAAGGUAUAUUCUACAGUAAAUGGUCCCGAAAUCCUUUUGUCCUUGGAUCUUAUGCAAAUGCCGAAGUAGGAACCACUGCUGCAGACUUCCACAACUUGGGUGGUAAAUUGGGCAAACUUUUUCGCUGGAGACUCCGUUGAUCCCCAUUGGUGGGGAUUUGCUCAGAGCUCUUACUUCACUGGGGAAAAGAAAGCAAAGGAAAUUCUGAAAUGCAUGAAUAACAACUGCGAAGUAUUUUGGUCGAAGACGAAUGUUGUUCAAGAAGUGUACACGAAUCCAUGAUGGACGCUGCAUUUCACUUCAAAUGAUAAGUCGACAAGUGUUUAUCAAACCUUCGGACGACCAUUUUAUCAAUGUAUAUUAAAUUAUUGAAAAAAUUGAAAGUGGCAGUUCUCUGUUUGCCCAUGAUGAGUUCUGUUGCGUCGUUUUGUGAGAUUCUUGGAACCAGUAGAAGAGCUUGGUGUCAAGUGUUUCCUUAAUAUUACUUGUUUUUUGAUUGACCAUCAUCACUUCGUAGUCAGUUUUGAGAUAAGAAAUAAACGUGAUUUCAAAUGAAAAUGAUCAAACUCUCUGUAAUUUUCAUUGUUAAAUAAAAUACUCUUUUAAACGCUGAAUAUUGAUACGUACUAAGGUGGCUAUCUGCUGAGUUUCCUUUUCGAAAGUUUUGACUGUUGGGAAUAAUAACAAUCCAAUGGCAGAAUUUGUUUUAGAAUUUGUUCAGAGAGGCCCAGUGGGCUACCCCUAGUCUUAAGGGGUACCUAUUUAAAGAAAAGGGUCCAAAAAUAAAGUAUGCUCCAAAAGGUGUUUAAACUUAUUUGUGUGGUCUUGUCCGUAAGAGAGCGACGAAGAGAAUGGCAAUUGAGGCGGUUAGAGGCUUUAAAUUUC